UAAACAUGAGGAGUGUUCUUUUAGUUUUCGUUUUAGCCUUUACGCUAAUUUCGGGUCAGGAUUUUACCGAAGUUAAAACGAGAGUCUUUGCAUUGUCCUAUUAUUGCAUGAUUUCCACCAGUGUCGACUCUGAAUUAGUUGAGAAAUCGAUGGAUGGUGAGUUCGUCGAUGAUCCGAAAUUCUUGGACUACACAUUCUGCAUAGCCUCAGCAUUGGAUCUCAUAGAUGAAGAUGGAAAGUUUGAAGAAAAUAAUUUCGUGACGCUUAUUCUGGACAAUUAUAAGACGAUGAUGAAUAAAUGCGUUGAAGAUGGGAAGAAGGAGACAAGCAGCGAGAAGCGAUCUUUUGAGUUUAUCAAAUGUUUGUCGAAAAAUUUAAAUGAGACUGACAGCACUGAUGAUAAUUAAUACGAUGAGUUUCAAUUUUGA